AUGGAUAACAAUGGACAGGGAAAAGCUCAGUUGUAUUCAAAGCUAGCUGAUUCCACAUUCCUUGUAGAUCAUGAGUAUGAUUGUGCUGGUAAUAGUGGUUCGGCUAUGAAUGAUGACAGAGGUCUACAUUGUACCAAGGAACCACCUGAUAAAGGCUUCCAUUCUGAUAACGAGGUUACUACUAAUCUUGCAUGUGUUAGAAUUGAUUCCAUUGAGAUGGACUUGCAAGUGGAGGUUCAUACCCAUUCAGGCAUUGUUACUAGAUCCAAAUCUAGGAAGCAGUCAUUACUCCAAAUUUCUUAUGAUUAA